CUCUCUCUCUCUCUCUGUGUGUGUCUCUCUCCUUCUCUCUUUCUGUUUGAGAGAGAUCUUCUCUGCUUGUUUUUUUGGUCCGAGGCGUUUCUCGCACAGGAUGUUGAUGAUUUUGGAAAGCCGGGUAACAUCAUAAAGUCAGCUUUCUCUGAUGAGAACGACCUCCACCUCACCGACACACAAAGGGAAGCACGGUGCAAGUACUUUUUUUAUAACGUUCACACGGAUUUAUUUCAUAAUUAUUUUUGUGAAUGUCAUUAAGAAGCAGAGGGGGUUGUUUCAAAGACAGAAUGGAUCACUUUGCAGCAGAGUGCCUUGUUUCAAUGUCCAGUCGUGCAGUUGUUCACCCCCCUAAGGGCAACAGGGAGAUUAAACCGGAGAUCCCGACCUCCUCCAGGACGGGGGAGGAAAUAAAGGAGCCCCUGGUGAAGGAGAACUCGCUUUUCGUGGUGGCGAGGAUCCUGGCGGAUUUUAACCAGCAGACGCCCAACGGGGUUACCGAGCAGGCAAAGAUAAAGGAGGAGAGCACGCCGAACCUGAGAGAGGAUGGAAACUCUGCCACACCUACCGCCACCUCCGAUCCUGCGCUCAGACAAAGAGGCAAGAGAUCGAGAGGUCGGACUGAGCAGGAGCCACCUCAGAAAAAGCACAAAUGCAACUAUUCCGGCUGUGAAAAAGUUUAUGGCAAAUCCUCCCACCUCAAAGCCCAUCUAAGGACACACACAGGUGAAAGGCCAUUCCCAUGCACCUGGCCUGACUGCAGUAAGAAGUUUGCCCGUUCUGAUGAGCUGGCUCGCCACUACCGCACCCACACGGGGGAGAAGAAGUUUGGCUGCCCACUUUGCGACAAGCGCUUCAUGCGCAGCGACCACCUGAUGAAGCACGCCAGGCGCCACUCGGAUUUCCAGCCCGGCAUGUUGAAGAAGCCCCAUGGCGGCCCCACCACACACCCGAGCUCUCUCAGCGAUUACAGCCGCUCUGAUGCAUCAAGUCCCACCAUCAGCCCCACCCUUAGUCCAGCUAACUCGCCUUAAAAUGAAAUCUGGCCGCACUUUUCAGGCCCCCAGACUGUGAGGCCUGCAAUUUCAUCAUAACACAUUUGUUGCACAGUUGUCAGCAACCCGCCACCCCCUCCUCUGAUAUUUCUGCGCUUGCUGUGAUGUACCAUACUGUACAUAAGUGCUUAUUGUAGUGCAAUUAAUUGUGUGAUCCUAAUAGAAGAUAAUGCCUUUCCCAGAUGGCGAUAUUUCCAUUCUGUACCACAUCUGUGUUUUUUAAGCUUCUGACUAUGGCUAGUUGUGUAUUGUAUAUUCACAGUUUAGAAGAAGGAAAAACAGACAGACACCCUCACAGGUCUUAUCAAAAUGUUUUGUUUUUAAUAGAUUUUUUUUUUAUUGAAUGGGUUAGGAGAAGGGGUACACCUACACCUCAGGAUUGAAGACAGUUGCUCUUUCUGUAAUACCACAGUACUCAAGAGCACUCACAUUGACUGCACAAUAUACUCAUCACUUUAUUCGAAAAUUCAACGGGGAGUUGAAUUUUUACGCCCUGCUCAGGGAUGGCCUUGUUAGCUUGAAAGAAUGACCAUGGUGAAGAGAAACAUACAGUACAUGUUAUACUGCAGCCUUACCCUCAACACAAUUUGCACUCUAUGCUAUGUUUGUCGGCUUUCACAUUUGAGAAAAACUAGACAUACAGUCAUGCGGUCAUUUUUCUAAACUUCAGUUGAUGUUCUGUCCUACGUUUGGAGGGAAGGUCAAAUGUAAUGUAACUUUUGUGUUUUGAGAAAACACAACACAUCAGUGCUAAUAUACACUGAAAUUACAGUGGGCAUGAGAUGUGCACUGCAUUAAUCAGUUUUAUAUUGUUCAAAGUGUGUGAAUCUGCAUUGUCAAGCAGAUCGGGAUUAUAUUGGGUUGGUAGUUUUUAUAAAUGUACAUAUAAGUAAAAACAAAAACAGAACCUUUAUAUAGUGAGAAUGAAGUUUAAAAGCAGCUGUUUUUGCCUAAAAGUAUCAGGGUUCCUGCAAGUUUAAGUAAGACUUCUUUUUAAGACUAAUAUGAUUUCAAGUAAAUAAAUACAUGAUUUAGGAGAGUUAACUUUAAAAAACUAAUUUUACUCAAUGGGUUGUUUUUAGCUUAAUGAUUAGCUUAAGCAACAAAAACACAGCUUUGUCACCUUAAAUUAGUGUUUUCCAGCUCUGCCAUGUGAGUCGAGUACUUUUACACUUAGGUUUCCCAACUUCAGUGCCUUUGUGGUGUUGAUAAGCUACAUUAAACUCUUUUAAUGUAAGCAAAGAAAUCAGCCCCAUAAUAUCAUAAUCCAUCAAAAAUCAGUUCUGAGGGAGGAUUUUAAAAAAAGUUGCAUUUAAAAGAAGAAGUGGGAAUUACUAAAGAGAAAAUCAACAUAGACAGUAAGAAACACUUUAACUAAAGCAUACAGAGGUAAAGUAAAAAAUAAACAGGUACUACAGAACUACUAUGAAUAAACUAAUGGUUAAUUGCUACUAAUUUCCAUAACAUAAACUUAGUCUGCACACCACUUGUGAAAAAAAAAGGUUUACUUAAUCUAAAGUAAUUAAAGCUGAUUCAGAACCUAAAAGUUAUCAACAUGCUAACAGUCUCUCAACAGCAAAAGGAAAAUACAUUUUAUAUCAUAUAACUGGACUUUUAGCCUUAGCCUUGUUUAAAUCUAAGACGGCAAAGGAGCAGUAAAACAAAUAACAAUGAAUACCAAGGUUUCAGAGCCAUCAUGAUAAUACAUCAGCUUUUGGUAUCAGAGCGCCAGCAAUAAGACAAUGAAAGAGUGUCUUAUUGGUUAUAUAUGGUGUUAAUUUUCGCAGAACCAACGUGCAUUUCUGUUGCAGAGUUGUGACACCUCCUUACAUCUUUCUUGGCUGUAGAGAUAGUCUACUUUUCUGCUCUAGCACUGGUUUUUUUGGAUGACCUGGAGGUUCCAUACCUUUGGACGCAAACGUCAGCAAAAAAAAAGUUACUGAGGGCUUAUAGACAUGCCCAAGACGGGAAACAGAAGUCUUGCUUUACUCAAAAACAGACAACUUAGCGUAGUGUUUGAUGCAAACCAAAACAAAACAAAAACAUUUCUCCACUGCAGUUGGCAAAGCUCAGAUCCAGUUUGUUUGAUGGAUAAAUGUCUCUAGAGAGUUCAGUUCUGUUGGAGCUACUGGGAGUUUAGUCAUCAUGAGGUACUCGUUGACCAAUCAGACAUGGAUUUUGGUGUAACUAUGGCAAUAAGUUAGAUAGUGGGGAAAAUAUAUGACUGACUGACUGACUGACUGACUAAUUAGUUUGAAAAACCAGCUUAUUUUUUUUAGAGAGAGAGAAAGAGAGUGACUAAACUAGAAUGACAGGUUUUAGCCAGACCUCACCGCACCUCUUUAAAUUAAUUCUUUCCUAUGAAGAAGGAGCUGGUAGUGGAUUUUAUACCACAGAUUUCUGAAUUAUAAUUAGUUAAACAUACAGUUUUAAACCCAUAAACCAGUUUCAAAUUAUGCAUCAUGGGGUUUUUAGUUGUAUCACAGUAUGAAGCAAUUAAAUUCUACAGCCAGAGCUACAGAUCACAGAACAAAAACAUUUUUACAAAAUAUAUUAUAAAAUAUAAAAGUUCAUCAAAGCAGCAAUGAAUGAACAAACAUACAGAAAUAGGUAAGACAUAGCUAAAUGUAUUGUGGGACUGUGUAUGAAAAAAUCUGGGCAGAAUUAGGACCUAGGCCAAAAAUAUAGAUUAUUAGAUUUAGGACUUUUGAUGUCCUUGCAGAAACCCUGAUUACUCUCUGAUCAGCACAUAUUUCACCAAAAAAGGAGACAAAACAACUUAAGUAGCAACCAGUUAUUUCAUCUCAUCAAGCACAUAGGAAAAUGUACCAAAGACAAGCUUUUUAUUCAGUCCUAUGGGGAGUAUCAAAGCUAGAGUCACAUGAGUGAUCACUUCCUCCUGGCUAAACCUCCCUGGAGGAAACAGCUGCACCCAAAAGAAGACAUUCCCACCCUGCUGCAGGGAGUGCUAGCAUGUCAUUCGCUCAGUGAGACCUUUCUCUUCUGGCUCUACCUGUCCUGUCAGUGAGCCAUCUGAAUUACAUUAGCAUUGCCUAAUUAGGAGGUCAAACAUUGGUUAGUGCAUUAGGCCAAUCUAACUUGAGGGAAAAAGCAGAUAUCUGCAACAAACAGGCAAGAGAGGGCAGGUCCUACUCCUGAUAAAAGAUUAGAGGUUUUAUCACAAGCUGAACAGCACAAAGGAGGAGAUACACAGAAGCAGACAACCCCAUUUCCUCCUCCCUCCAACUGUAGAAACAGCCAGCAGAAAAAUAGGUGUAAUUGGUAGCUUGAUCUGAAUUGCAGGAUAUGAGGAAAUGUGUAUGAACAAGAGCUGUUUGUAGACAGCACCAACAGCGUGGGUGGGAAGUACCUGACUCCAUCCAAAGCACAAACAGAAUUCCUUCUCAUAGAAGCUGCAGAAUCAGAUUUCACAAUGCAGAGGAAACUGUCGCUCUUGGCUCGCACUGAUAAACCCGAGCUUCCAAACUGCUGCUUUAAAACUUCCUUUCUCCUUACAAGUUGGGGGGGGUUGGCGCCUUUUGAAGAGUUUGAAGAGAAACAUUUGAACCAAAAUGAACAUAUCAGCAAAGUGCAGCGCUCACUAUACUGAUGUCAACCCAGCAUUUGAACCUCCGAUGUCCCCCUGAGAAAGCUGACAGACAUGCCUCUGUAAGUCAGGCUAAAGUGGAAACAAGCACCACUAUCAAAACUGCUGCAGCCCCACCAGUCUGUAUUAUGCCCACACUUUUUAAAUACUUCAUUGCUGCAUUUGGAUGGGCUGUCAUCUAUGCAGUUUAGACUCCUUCAGACUUACUGCCAUCAGAGCUAACUUGACCAACUCUUGCUCCUGUAUCCUGCAUGCGACGCUACAUGCAUGUUAACUUUGCUCUGAAAGCGAGUAGUAUUUUUUUUUUUUUCUUGAGUCAGUCUGGCAGGUGUAAGUUCAUGAAUGUGAGCCCUUGUCCUUCUUUCUCAAUUGCAGCUAUCUUCUCUUUUAAGUCAAAAUGAAUCCACUCUCAUUCUCCCUUAUUUAGCUUGAAAAGCAAUGGAUUUAUCUCAAAACACAAUCCUUUGUAUGAUGUUAAAUAGUUUGCAGGCUGCAAGAUGACACUUUGAAUGCCACUGAUUUGCAGAUCUCAAAGACAGAAGUGACAGUUUACCAUUUUUCUUAAAACAAAAAGAAUUGCUGUUGAUCAGCUUACUUUCUGUAUAUUCCUGUUUUGGUUAUAAUUUCAUGACCUGGUUUAAAGUGCUCAUUUGCAAAAAAAAAAAGGAGAAAAAAAUUACGCGUUAUUCAGUUUUUAAUCUAUAAUCUGCACAUUUUCCUCAGGGUCAACAUCUGCCAAGCAGAUACGGAACAGUUUGUGGAUUUUGUUGUAAAACCAGUCGCCGCACGCAUACAUCAGGCUGCCUGCGGCUGCCCCUCGGUGGUCUUGGGUGCCCAGUGUUCACUGCUGGUCAGUGUGUGACCAUGCUGGUAACACAGGACCACCUUAGUGCAGCCCUUUUUGCCUAUAACAUGUCUUGAUAACUUCACACAAUCCUGCUUUGAUACACUCUGAAGCUGUUUUAACUUAGAUAACCAUUUAAACAGAAAAGUCUAUAUAUUCAGCUAGACUGCAAAAGUGACAUGUAGGCAUCCACAGACAGAGCGUCUCAAAAACCUUUACUCUCACUGUAUCUAAUGUACUUGAAUAAUUCCAACAAACAAGGCCAUCGAACACAGUUUUGUACAUGUCCGGUUUUACUGUUCUUUGCUUUUGCUGUCCAAGCCUUUGAAAGAAAAAAGGCAUUUAAUCGCCUGAUUUUUUCCUUAUUAAUUUCAGGUUUUUAUUAGUUGCUUUAGGCAACUGUUUUAGAGCUCAUCGCAGCUGAAAGUGAGCUCAUUUAUGUGUAAAAUUAAACUUUACUUUGUUGAUGUCAGGGAUGCAGGUAAAUCCUAUUAUCUGCAAUUCCAAAAAAUUCCUUUAAUUCAUGAAAUGAAAAAAAAAAAAAAAUCAGGAAACUUUGGGGUGGGUGGGGUUAUUUUUUUUACUGUCUAUGUCAGUUUCAGAUUCAGUGACUGAUUCCUUUUUAUUGCUUUAGAUUAUUUGAAAGGUUUUCCAUAUUAUAAGAGACCACAGAAUUGUGAGUUAGGAUGUAGUCAUUAUUUGUAUUAUUAUUAAUAUUGUUGUUGUUGUUGUUGUUGUUGUUUAAGGUUGUAUUUUAAUUUUUUGCAGAAUUAUACCUCUUGAGAUAUUUGAAUUUUGUUUUACCUUCAUAUCUUUUCACAUCAUCCAUCAUGUAGCUUAUGUUUGUUUAAUGAGUAGCAAAAAAAAAAUGUUAGUUUUAUUUGUUCCUACUUGAAUGAAGAAGUAGACAAAGAGUUUUUUUUGUUUUUUUUUUGUAGGAAACUAAAACAAAAACACUGGGCUGCAUUUUGUAUAACCGUUCCAUAUUGCCAGAUCCUGCAUGUCCCUCAAAAUAUAGGGAAAAACUAUCUUUUCAGGAGAACAUUUGUAUAUUUUUAUUACUUUAUGCUAAGAAAGUAUUCAAGCGUCCAAGUGAUCCAAAGGAUUUACAUUCUCUUGAUUUUAAAUCCAAAUUUCUGCUUAAGAUCACAGAUUUCUACAUGCAAGGAUUCUAAAAUACUAACAGUUCUUGAAUAAAUUCAAGCAGCAAACUAACAAUUUAGAGUCCAUAUUAUAUAUUUAGGUUCAUUUUAAAGACAUCAGUAUGUUACUGAUCAGACAUCGUCAGCAGAAGUACAAGCAUGAUCCGCGCAAUCGUGUGCCAAAACUAUAGCGAUAACUUCUUAAAGAGUAUACAACUGUUGAGCGUAAAUAAUCUAGCUUCUAUCAGAUGUCUAAAAAAACAAUAAUCUUGUACAGUUUUAUAUAGAGUUGACAUGUCGAAAUGUUAUGUACAGGAUUUGAUCAAGCAGUUCUGCUCUAAGUUAAAUGUUUCUAUUCUUUAUGCUUUAUGUAAUGUAUGGUUUUGCUUUGUGUAGCUUUGUUUUUAUUGUUAUUAAUUUUGGUCCUUUUUGUUGUUGUUUCUGAUCAAUGCUGAAGCAGUGUAUAAUAACUUACUGCAGCUAUUUUUGACAUCUUAACAGUUUUAAUGAUUAUAGACGCUUAACCAGUCCAAAGGAGUAUGGCUUUUGCUCUAAAUGUGCUGCUUCCCUCGACCCGAUGCGUUUUUUUGUAGGUUCGGAAUAGAAGUGGGUCCAGACUGUGCACAAGGUACGUUUUCUAGUGCCCCACAUGCUUUAGACUCGAUGUUUGGGCUAAGCCAAUUUAAAUGAAUACCUACAACAUGUAAAAGUAACAGAGCACGUCUUCCCACACGACAAAGACCUGAAGCUUAUGCCUUUUUAAAGUAGGGAUUUUUUUUAAGAGACAGCCACGUAGUUAUAGAAAGGUUGUUGAUCUUUGUUACCAAAGGCUUUGAAGGGAAAAGAAUGAAUGUUGCAGUAGUUUUGAAUCCAGCUCUGUUUGUACCGUUGUGGUGCAAUUGUACUGUGCUGUACUUGUUAAAAGAUGGAUUUGUGCUUAAAAAAGGACCUUUUUCUACAUCUCAAAUGGACAACUUUAUUUUUUUUUCUUUAAAAGGUAAUUUGAAUGAAUUUAAGUCAUUCAGUCACACAAGCAAACAUACUCAGACUGAGUCUAAAAUGAACAAGGCAGUAAGAACACAAGCAGAUCCAAACUGCUGGUACUUUUAGUUUGAACUCGUCUGCUUGAAAAUACUCUGUGCACCAUCCGUUCCUCACUGCAGAGAAAGUCUGUUGAAUAAUGUUUGUCCUUUAAGGAUUAGCUCGUUUCAGGUUAUGCAGCAUGCAGUGGUGUCAAUGACUUCUUUGACAAAUAGAGAGCCUCUCACCAGCCUUUUCAGUUCUGUUUCCUGUACCUGUUUGUCUUCAGUGUACCUCCUCAGUGUAAUGUUGCUCUCUUGAUACCUCUGUGUGUUUCUUCCUCUGCACCCUCACCAUCAGUUGCCUGUUGUAGUGACUCCAUGGUGCUGCUUUCCCCUCUUAUGGCACCAUUAUAAUCUGUUCUGUAAAUAACUCUCAGCUCAGCUAUGGCCAGUACAUUCCUCUCAAUGACCUCACUUUAAACCUUCAGGUGACUCUGUUAUUUUAUUUUUAUUGUUUUUUUCCUCAGCAAACCAAAAUCACUACAUUCAAGUAUUACAGUUGUACAGUUCAAUGAAUUCAUCACACAUUCAAUGUGCUGGUCUUAGCUGCUCUGUUGUAUCUUUUUAUGGCAUUAUUUUUUACAUGUUAGAUGAUAUAUUGUGACCAUGUCCUAUGCAAAUAUGAGAAAUAACAGAUUGUUGAAAAAUGUAUGUUGUCAUAACUUGUAUGCAUGAAAUAGUGAGGUUUACAUUUGGAAAUAAAUUCAUAAAAUAAGUCACAAUUA